UCUGUCAACGCUAGUAUCCGCACGCGAGGAAAACAUGAAAGGUGUCCCUGAUCGUUGGUUUGACUAUACCUUGUAUGGAAAUCCUGUGGCCGGCAGAUUUGUUGCCUUAAAAGUUCCAUUGGACCGGAAAUUCCAAAUCCGCAACGAUGAGCGGUUCUUACCGAAGGACGCAAUAGAGAAACUACCGUUGGGCUUAGUAAUUGACCUAACGAACACCAAGCGCUACUACAACCCGCAAGAAUUCAUCUCAAGAGGCAUCAAGUAUGAGAAGUUCGCCGUACAGGGGCACUGCGGGGCGCCCAAAAUCGAGGCAGUAAGACGUUUCAUUCAAAUCGUGAACCAGUUCAUGGAGGACCGCGAUAGUCGAGACAAACUGAUCGGUGUGCACUGCACGCAUGGGCUGAACCGCACCGGAUACAUGGUCUGCGCGUACAUGAUCCUGCAAAUGGGCUUCCGGGCGAAGGACGCCAUCGAGCUGUUCAAUGAGAAGCGUGGCCACACUAUGGAGCGCGAAAACUAUCUGGAAAGUUUACGCUCGCUGGACACGGUAGCGGACAAGGGAUGCACGCAGAAGGAGUGGGAGGAGCAGAACACACCAGUGCAGCAUUCGGGAGAAAGCACCCACGGCCAGGACAGAUUUGCGAGCAAUCGAUCCUGGGACGAUACCCGCCAACACCGGAAUCACGAGAAAACAUGGAACAAGGACGAACGCGGUACCGACGGCCAUGAAAGAUUUUCGAGAAAGAGGCAUCACGAGGACUCUUGGAACAACGGCGAACGGGGCACUCGAUACCAGCACGAGCGGAAGGACUGGAGGCAGCAAAGUUCCGCAGCUCAAUUCUCUGGAGAAAGCAAUUACCGGCAGGAUGGAUUUCCGAGGGAUCGAUCCCGAUCCCGCGAUACUCGCCAGCACGGCUAUCGCGAGGAACCUUGGAACAAGGAUAAACGUCCCACUCAGUACCAACGCGACCGGGACACUCGGUAUCAGGCCAAAAACAACACUCAGCAACAGGGCGGAUGGCGCGAAAGGUACAGCUGGCGGCGAAGGAACGAUUCACCUGGUGACCAACAUUCCAGGGGCAUUGACGAUCGGGGGGAAUCCACUGCCAAAAGGAUAAACCGUUUCCCCCCAGGACGCUAUGGUGGUGUUCCGAAGCGGACGGUGUUCGAAUAAGUAAUGUAAAGUUUAAUAAGAAAAAAAAGUAAACAAAUAUAAACCACAAAGUGUUU